AUGAUAUUUGUUUCUGCUCUUAUUUAUGUAACAUUAACCUAAGUGUGUUUGGGUAUAUCAAAUAUGUAUCCGGAAUAAUCGAAGCAAAUUAUAUCCUCUACAGUUGAAACGCCAUGCUUUUUUAAUAGUGCAUUUGAGGCAAAUAAAUUUAUUUAUCCUAUAGCAUCUAUAACAAAUGAUGCUGAAAAUUCAAGCAGUUUUACUCUUACAGGAUGGUUCAGAUCUAUUGGGCACCAAUUAGAUGGCAAAAACAUACUUUUUUAUAUUGCAAAAAGCACAUAAAGCAAUACUAACACUGAUUUAAUUUUUUAUUUGGGAAUAGAUGAAUAAAAUAUAAAUACACCAUUGAUAUAUUAUGAUGGAAAUAGUGAAAAAUCAGGAGCGAUUAAUCAUUAUUCUAAUAUCGACAGGACUUAAUGGUAUUUUUUAAGUGUUUCUUUUUAAGUUGUAAUAUCAUUAAAUACAAAUUUAAAUGUAAAUUUAAAUGUGAUGAUUAAAUAGUAGAAAAAUGGUAACACAAAUAUAUCAACAAUGCUAAAAAAUUUUCCUUUUCAACAAAGUAAUAACUUUAUAUUUAGUGAUCAAACAUUUUUAACCUAAGGCGGAUUAAUUAUGAGUUCUUAACCUAUGUUUUAAACACAAUAUAAUCCCUCCUGUGUUUAAAUGAAAAACGUGCAAGUUCACUGGAAUUAUAUUUUUAACGAUUUUGAUAAUACUGAUUAUCCUUUUUCAGAGCCACUAGUAAGCAAAUUCCCUGCAAAACUUGUAUAUCAUUUCACAAUGGAAGGAUAAGAUUUGUUUAAUUAGAAUAAUUAAAUCUAUCUGAGAAAUAGAAGCAACCAAGAAGGGAAUCAUUUAAUCAUAGAUGAUUCCUAAGCAGUUCUUGUUCAAAGUUUUGUUGAAUUUUAAAAGCCAAAAGUCCUACCAAGUAUUCCUGUGAAUGAUGGAUUUAUAAUCAGCUAUUGGAUAAAUUUAAGUUAAAUUUAAUCUGGAUUAGUUGUUGCUACUAUAAUGCUAGGAGACAAUUAAACAUAGCUUCAAAUUACUCAUAUCUAAUUAGGUGGAAUCUGGUAAGUUAAUAUUAAUUCAUAUGUUUUAAGACAUGCUUAUUUAGGUAGCUAUUGGCAUUUCUUUUCAUUUGUGUUUGAUGGGUCUUAAUUUUUAUCAAGCCAGACAAUCACUAUGUACACUUUAAAUGCUUCAUAUACAAUUGAUAAAUAACUUUAAACAAGUGUUACUGAGUUAAAAGAUUUAAUAAAAAAUGGAUAUGAUAAUAUAAAAAUCACAAUAAGUAGUAGUACAAACCAGUCAAAUGUGAAGAUAAGAGACUUUAAAAUUUUCAAAGGCGUAUCAUUAUUUUAGUAUGGUUUCGAAGGAUUUUAAUCCAAUUGCUAGUUAGUGUAUGGAUUAGAAACUAAACAAUGUCUACUAUGCACUUAGGGUUAUAGGAUGACUAAUGAAGGUAUUUGCACUAAGUAGUGUGUUUUGAGUUAAAACUCAGAACUCAAAUAAGAUUAUAUUACUUCUGCUUCUAAUUUUUCAAAGUGCCUUCCUUGCUCUUCAGGAUAAUCUUAAAUUAUAAGUCCAUAUGAUAAUCAGUGUAGAGAGAUUUUAAAAAUAUUUAAUUAAAAAAAAACUGUUCCUGUUAGCACUAAUGGAAUAGAUAUUCUGUAUUCAAUUACCUUGCUAAAUUUAGAAUAUUUAGUUGUGAUAUCUUCACUAAAUCAAUCAUCAGGAUAAGUUUUAGCAGAUAUAUAAACAAAUAAUAAGAUAAUAAUAAGUCUAAUAAACCCUAUAAGCAGCGUCGAUUUUAAUGUAUAUACUUUUAAUAGGAAUGGGAAAAUUUCUUCAGGCGUUAUGUAAAUACCUGCUAAUACAAUUUAGUAUAUACCAUUCACUGUACUGUUUAGUGUGCCCCCUAAAGUUAUUGUUUCUUUAAUAGAGUUUAAGCUUACUGAUACAAUAUAAAUAUUACUAAAAAAAGUAUCGACUGAGGGAUUCUACAUUUAAUACAGUUCAUCAGUCAAAAUAAGUUGGUUAGCUAUUUCAAAUUGUUUAGAAGUUCUUUCUAGUCUCUAAGACUUGUAAAACUCAUAGCAAAUAUUCUAAAAUAGUUUUGGGUAGAUAUAAUAAAACAUUGACUUGUAAAUAUACGCCAUAAAUUAAAUAAAGUCAACUAUUAGCGUAUCUAUUCCUUCUUCCCUUUCAAUUUAUGAUUCAAACAAAUUUAUCUAAACUCCAACAAACCUCAAUUCAUAUACUAAUUAUGCUGGCUAUGAUAUUGGAAUAUUUUUUUAGGUUCAAAACUAAAAUUAAUAAUGCAAAUAAAAUCCUACUUCUAUUCCCUUCAGUCAAAUAAAUGCUCUUUUCUAUUAAAAUAAUCUUAUUUAGAAUGUUAUACGUUUUAGGACUCCUAAACCAACUUCAGAUUAUCAGAUUUUAUUUUCAUUGAUGAACUAUAAAUAACUAUCAUAGUACUUUUCUUAUCAACUCAAUCCAAGGUACAUUUCAUACUCCUAUUCUAACUAACUGCCAGGAAAUCCAGACGCCACACUAAUAAAUUAUUCAGACUAUUAUUAUUUUACUAUAAGACUUCCAUCUAUCAUAGUUACAUAAAUCUACACAAUACAAUUAUCAUCUAAUAUUCAAUUAUAUACAUUCUAAAUGUCAAAUAGCUUACCUAAUUCUAAUGUUUAAAUACUUGGUAGCAUAAUUAAUUGGACUGGUUAGAAAUUACUUAAGCUAGGAGCAGCUUCUAAUAUUUAAUAAAAUUCCUUUUAAUACACAAUUACAUUUGAUGCUACCGAUAAUGGAAAAUCUUUAUAAAUCUAAUUUAUGAUUAUUACUGACUCUUUUUCAUUUCGAUAAAAAUCAGUUGCCACCAAAAUAACUUACCCUACAAGUUCCAUUACCUUUAAUGAAGGAACUUUGUUUGGAGUAACAUCAAUUAAUAACAAUUUUAAAUUGUAAAUAGUUAAUAACUAAAUCUAAAUACCUCUUGGAGUUAGUUUAUGGGUUUUAAAUGAUGUAAAUAUGGACACAGUUAGAUAAGAUUCCUGCAAUAUUUUAAGAAAUGAUGAUUUUAAGUGUGAAUAGUGUUAAAAUUAGUUAUUAUAUGGAAAUUACAAAAAUAAAUUAUGUACAUGUCCUCCUGGUUUUGGGUUUGAUUCUACAAAAUGUGUUAGAUGCUAAGUUGGUUGUUUAUACUGUGUUUUCGAAGAUUAAUCAACAAUCAAUGAAUGCUAAUAAUGUGAUUCUGAUUCUAAUUUUACCUUCAGUUAGAAUAGUUGUAUGUGUAAUGCUAAUAUUUAUUAAGAUGAUUAAGAUUCAAACUUCUGCAUUCCUACUAUAGAUAAUGGGAAUCCUCUAUCCUUAGCUGUAAUCAAUAUUCCUGUUGGAUAAAUUCAAAAAGUUACUUAGAUAGCUACUUUAAAUACUAAUAUGAUCUCUACAUAAACUUAGAUGACUCUAGGUUGUUGGAUUUAAUUAUCUUCAUCUUCUUCCUACUCAUAAUUUAUUAGUUUCACAAAAUCAACUGAUGGAACAAAUAUAAUUUCAGUAUCCUAUUAAGCUAAUUAAAUUAUUGUUCAGUCAAGUCUUACAGGAGUAAACCCACCUCAAUAAUAUUCUAUUGAUGUUACAUAAAAAACAUACUUAAAUAAUGCUAUAAUUAAUAAGCAGUACGUUUAUAUUGGAAUUUCACUAGAUUAAGCUAAAAGCGCUGCUUAUAUGUCUAUUUAUAUACCUUACUACGAUUAUUGGAUAGAUUAUAAUUAGAUUUUGCCAGUAUUAAUUACUACUUUCUUAGAUUCCUCUAUACUUUUUAAUGGUGGUAAUAUUAGUGAAGGUACUUUUGUAUUAGGUACAACUAUUUAAGCUUAGAAACAAUCAUUUUUAUAUCAUGUAAGACCAUAAAAUACUCCUUUAUAUUUCUAUAGUGUUGCUGAUGCUGGAUUUGAUCUAAACAACUAAAGAUACUCAGUCAAAUAAAAUUAAAAUAUUAUAUUUUACUAUCCAGGUUAAUAUUAGUAUCUUCUUUCACCUUAAAAUCCCUCUCUUUAAUUCCCUGAUUCAAUGAAAGAUUAGAUCCUAAGUAUCAACUAUGAAAUACUUGGAUAUGGUAUUAAAGCAGAUCAGCAGCUUUACCCUAGCAGCAUUCCAUAACCAGUUGCUUCAAACUUUAUUAUCAGCUUUUGGAUAAGAGGAUUAGCAGUAGUGAAAUAAGAUGAAGAUGUUGUAUUAGCUUAGGUUGGAAAUGUUAUCAUCCUUGGACAUUAUUUGAGUAAUGGUUUAGUUUUCUAGGUCACUGUUUGCAUUGAUAGAGAGUGCUAAACAGUUAAAAAGUGGCAUCUGGACAAUAAUUCUUGGAACUAACUUUCAUUUGUUGUUGAAAAUACAAAUUUGUACUUAAAUAGAGUUGGUACUCUUGUUAGAGCUUUUUACAAAACCUUACAAGAUAAGCUCUAUUUUGAUUCUAUUCCCUCAACACCAAUAUAAAAUCUAGGUUUAGGAAGCUCUCUUAAUACAAAAUAAAAUUAAGGCUUUUGGUACAACUUCUUUACAGUAUUAAAUGGCAAUUUUUAUAAGUACAAAAAUGCAGACGACGCAGUUGAUGUAAAAUACUGUUCUUUAAAUGCAGGUAAAUAUCAUAAUUACUGUCUAAAAUGCUCAUACUAAAAUCCAAGAACUGACCAUUUAUGUUCAUAGCUUCCUACUGAUGCUUCUUGUACAACUCCUGAAAACCUACUGCAAAUAACUUAAACUUUUUCUACUACUCCAACAUACACUUACUAAGGUAGAGAUCCUUAUAUGUAUUAUUAAAGCUAUGAUGUUUGUGAAAGAUGUGUAACCCCAAGAUGCUCUCAAUGUCAAACAACAAUUGACAACUGUGUUUAAUAGUGUAAUAAUUAAUGCUAAAAGUGUGUUUUAGGCUAACCCUGGACUUGUAAUAAAUGUAGAGGAAACAGGACAACAGAACCAUCUUGUUCGACUUGCCCUGCAAAUACAGCAGAUGAUUAUGUUUCUGAAAACUGCUAAUGCUCAAAUUCUUGCAGUGUUUGCUCAUCUGGAGCUACCGGUUCAUGUGGAUGCAAUAACUAAGUUGAUAUGUGUAAUAGCUGUGCUACUAAUUCAUACAGAUCAUUUAUUCCUCUCUGUUAAUGUUAAUUUGGUUAUUUUGAUUCAGGAAACGCAAUCUGUGAAAAAUGUGAUCCUAAAUGUACAAGAUGUUAAAAUACUUCCUCUAAUUGUAUCUAAUGCUAAGGAAAUAGAAUUAAUCCACCUAAUUGCUAAUGCCCUGAUUAUACAUAUGAUGAUGGAACUUCUAUAUGUAAAAAUUGUCCGACAGACUGUGUUUAAUGUGUUAAAUAGCCUAAUUCAAUUUCUUUAAAAUGCAUCUAAUGUAGAUUUAAUAGCAGCUGGAAUGGAUAGGCUUGUGUUUGUAAUCAAGGUUUUUAUGACAACCAAUAAGUUGAUAAUUGCACUGAAUGUGACAUGCUUUGCAAAACUUGUGAAAGAUCUGGGUAGUGUACAAGUUGUAAAGGUAAAAGAGUUCUUGAUAACAAUGGGUAAUGUAUUUGUCCCGAUGGAUUCUUUGGUAAAGUCUAUUAAGAAAGUUGUGAAGCUUGUUACUAAACUUGUAGAACUUGCUUUGGAAAAGGAGACGAUUAAUGUAUCCAAUGCUAUCAAGAUCCUUAUGUAAGAUUAAGAAAAGGGAGAUGUAUAUGUGCAAAUGGAAAUUUCUACUUUAAUUUUAGCUUAAAAUAAUGUGUUUUAUACACAACAUUUACUGAUUACUUGUAUUAUGAUGUGGAUAUCAUGCCUGUUUUGUCUCUAAAUUUCACAAAUAGUCUUAAUUCAACUGCAUAAAAUGUAAUGGAUAACAUGGUUUAUGAUAUAGAUGGCCUGACUUACAAUAAAGACUUUUCUACAAGCAUAUUUUAUUAAGACUAAGGAAGGAUCGAUAUAAAGUUUAACUUGUUUGUCAGCUUCAGACCAACAACACUAAAAGUUACUGUUUAGAAUGCAGACAUUAUAUAAGAUUUAAAUCAUACUCCUCUUAAUAGGAAGUAUUUUGGAUAUACUAUGUUGUUUAAUUUAUAUCCUCAUCAUGAUGUAGGCAAAGAUAGAUUAAAUUACUUAAUGAAUAUGAGGAAGUUUUCUCAUUCUGUAUAUGAUAGAGAAGGUUUUGGCAUAGAUUUUGUGUGGUUGCUUUAACUUUUAGCGGCAUAGAAUUUCAUCUUCACUGCUAUGUAGCCAACAUCUAUGAUUCUCAUGUACAACUAAUAUCUCCCAAUCAAUGUUUAUGAAACUCUUAGAGCUUUUAGUAUCUUGCAAUAUCAAUAAUGUCCUGUGUGGGGUGAGUUUGGAUAUGAAGAUACUAUGAUUUUCAGAAAAUCAUCAGAAUCAAUUACACACACUCAAAUUCCUGAUGUGAAUAUGAGGAGAUUUGGAUAUUCUUCAAGCUUUUUUGUAAAUUUGCUUAGAUAAAUCUUUUUAUAUGGGUUUUUAUGGUUUGUAUUCUAUUUAGUAAAACUAAGAUUCUUAAACGAAAAAUAUACCUAACUUCAAAAUAAAAAAAUACCUUGGUUGGAAACAUUCUACAAUUUAUUUUUAUACUUUAUGUCUAAGUUAACAGAAGCAUUCUUUAUCACAUUAACUAUUGUGAUAUUUAUGCAAAUAUAAGAUCCUAGUUUCUCAAAUGCAUUCAAUGGAAUAUCUUAUUUGCUUAACUUUAUUUACAUAGGAGCUAUUGGAGGAGUAUUUUAUUUCUUUUUUGACUAAGUUCGAAACCAUGAUAUUUCAGAAAUCGAAUCAAAGUAUAUUGCUUGUCAUUCUUUAGGGAAUUUGCUUAUUGAUAUUGAACUAUCAAAUGGUGUACUUAGCAAAUAUUACCACAUGAUAACUUAUAUUAAAAAAUUAUUUUAUUCAAUAAUUAUAAUAUUUGCAAUAAAUCUCAAAGAAAAUCAUACUAUACCACUUAUUAUAAUUGAAGCAAUCUUCUUAAUUUUCUUUAUAGUAGUUAGACCUCUAAGCAGACCUCUGUAUAAUAUAAUAAGAGCAUUGAUUAAUACUUUAUAUAUAGGAAUUUUAGUAUUAGUUCUAAUUUUGGGAAGAAAAUGGGUUAGCAUAACUAAGGAUUAAGUAAUUAUAGAUCCAUCUGAUGCAGAAUCUUACUAUAAUCAAGGAACGCUGUUAUUGAUUCUCAUAUUGGUCUACAACUUAGUUAACUUUAUUUUCAAUUCUUAUGUAGCUGGUCUUCAUUUUUAUCAUGAUUAUAUUUAAUAUAAAAAUGAGAAAAUUAAAGAAGAGGCUUUUGAUAAUUUAUACAAUAAAAGACUAUUCAAUUAUCAAGAAUUGUAAGAUUUUGAAAUUAGUUAAGGAAGAGAUUCAGUGAUGAAGAUUAUAGAUUUAGAUGACAAAAGAUGUGUAGGUCCUUUACCAAUUAAAGAUAUUGAGAGUGAAAUAUUAAGCAAUAGUCCAGCUAGUGAUGAAGCAGUGUUAUUAAUGCAAGUUGAAAAUAAUAACAAAAAGAGAGACGGAUUUUAUCAUAUUAUAUUGAGAAAAGAUAUUAUUUGGAGAAAUUACAUAGAUCCAAUCAAUAAAUCUUUCACGAUUGCAGUUGAAACAGUAGAAACUUUAGGUGCAAAAAGAUAACCAAAUCCCAUUCUUAACAAUAUAGAAACUAACAUAGUCUUAGAUUACUCAAAUACCUAAAAAAUUGUUUACAAAAGUGGUUAGGAAGAAUUUAGAAUUCUUUCUGAUCUUCUUUCGAAAUGGAAGAUCUAAAAACAUACAAGAGUACAAAGAGAAUUAAGUUGCGUGGUUGACCUUUCUAGAUACAAGUUUGGUGAUACUAUCGAUAUUAAUACUCCAUUGAAGAGAAUUGAUUACUUCAUAUCAGGUUCAAAAUCAAAAUCAAUAUUUUGA